CCUUUCCUCUCCUCUUCUUCCCCCUCACGUCUCCUUCACCUUCUCCCGCAUUUACACACCACCGCACGCAGCUAGCUAGCCACACUCCCACUCCCAUCUCUCUCACGCGCCACCGCACUAGCUAGCCACACCGCACUGCACUCCCGUCGCUCUCGGGUCUCAGCCAUGGCGUCCUACAGGCUGCUCGUGAUCCUGGUCUUCUCCGCACUCCUCCUCGACGUCGCGGUCGCUGACACCUACCCGGCCGACUGCCCCUACCCGUGCCUGCUGCCGCCGCCCACGCCCCCGGCCUCCAGCGCCGACUGCCCGCCGCCACCCUCCUCGCCAUCCGGCUCCGGCUACGUGUACCCGCCCCCGUCCUCCUCCGGGAACUCCCCGCCGACGCCGUCGUCCUGGAGCUACCCGCCACCGUCUGGGGGCUACAUUCCCGGCUUCUACCAGCCUCCCGCCGGCGGGGGCGGUGGUGGUGGCGGAGGCGGAGGAGGGGGUGGCGGCAACUUCGGGCCUGCGCCACCGCCGCCGAACCCCAUCCUGCCGUGGUACCCCUGGUACUACCGGUCCCCGCCGUCCUCGUCCGCGACCAGGCCUGGUCGCGCCUCGGCGGUCGUACUCUGCCUGGUGGCCGCCGUGACUGCCGCUGCUGCUCUGGUCGGUUACUAGUACGAUCAUCGAUCAAUCAGUUACUAGCUAAGCUAGCACUCCCAUCACAUUUUUCAUUUCCGUUCGUAGUCGAUUCUUGAUAUAUACUACUCCAUGUACAAUGGGGCACCAUUACUAUUUAGCUAUCGUACUCAUCAACUCCUCUGUAUUGAUUCAUUGCUCAGUUGGCUUUUGGGUAGUGAGUGGAGCGGCUAUACAUUGCUGGCUAUUAGUUUCUUGGGAGCAUAAUAUAUGUGGCUAGUGAUCUCAAGAAUCUUGUGCCUUUCUCAGUGCCUCUUCCUUUUUCUUGUUAUAAUUAAUGUACUCGAUCGUGUAGUGGCAUAUAUACUCGAUCGUUGCUACCACUUUCCCGUGUUGGGAGUGAUUGUUUUCGCGUA